AAGAAUAUCCUUACAUGAUGACUGCAGCCAGCGUGGACGCGCAUCAAGUUUCUCCCCCCCUUCUACACGUGCACACACUCGCGCGCGGAUGCACACACACACACACACACACACACACACACGCAUGCAUGCAUUCACGCGAAGAAAGGCAAAAAAACACUGUCGCCUGUUCUUUGCUCCGCGCGUCGAAGCCCGACAUAGUUGGUUUCACUCAAAAACAGAAGAGAUGGAGAAAGAGAAAGGAGAGUGAGGGGAAAGAAAAGAGGGGGAGAGAGAGGGAGGGAAAAAAGAAAAAAAAACUUAACGUUCAGCCCAGAAGAUGCUCACGUUUGGCUCUCCUCAAUUAUCCCCUCCCGUGAAGAUAGGUGGCGUGCGUUUCAGGGGGCUUCUCCUCUGUGUUACAUGGCAAAGAAAAGGAGGUGGAAAGAAAAAAAAUGUCAUUAGAAGAGGCGUAACACGUCAGUCCCUACCCAGGUUUGUUUCCUGGAGUGGGUGUAAGACAUCAGUUGUAAACCUGCCCUAGCAGGAAUAGCGGUCCCUCCCUCCUCCCAACUAUUUCUAAGGCUUUAUUUCUAAGGCUUUAUUAUCACCGGUGGAAAAGGAUCCGCUCACCGACGCGCUCCGGUAUCAUCCUCGCAACUGCUCUCCACAGGACACUUCUUUAUUCCCCUAAAAACAGAUAUCAGGCUGAGAUCAAGGAAUCGAGUCCAUGCGAGCUGCCAUCUGAUCCCACACACACUUAUCAAUGAAGCAAGAGAUCAUGGCGGAUGGCCCCAGGUGUAAGAGGCGAAAACAAGCCAACCCGAGACGGAAAAACGCUCUCAACUAUGAGAACGUGCUAGAGACCGGCUCGGAGACAGAGGAGGAAGACAAGCUGCCCGUCUCCGAGGAAGACCCCAUGAUCAACGGCUCGGGCAGCCCGGCCAGCCUCACCAACCCGGACACCUCGCCGCGCGCUGAAAGCCACGGCCUGCUGACCAAGGAGGAGGAGGAGGACGAGAUGCGCGACAGCGGCGUGGAGCACAUCUGGCCUGACAACGACAUGUUGAGUGCCUCAGUGGACGGUACUGAUGAAAUAAAAGAUGACUUCGACAACAUGGGGCCUGACGCCACUUUGCAGGCAGUUGGAAACGGUACAGUCAAGAGCGUGGAUUGCACUUCAGAGUUCGAGGACUUCUUCUCCAAGCGGAAGCUGGACGACGGCGACAGCCACGUGGUGAGCAUCGCAGAAUACCUGCAGCGGGGCGACACCGCCAUCAUCUACCCCGAGGCCCCGGAGGAGCUGUCCCGCCUGGGCACGCCGGAGGCAACUGGCCCCGAGGAGAACGACCUGCCACCUGGAACGCCAGAUGCCUUCGCCCAACUGUUGACCUGCCCCUACUGCGACCGGGGCUACAAGCGUUUGACAUCGCUGAAGGAGCACAUCAAGUACCGCCAUGAGAAGAACGAGGAGAACUUCGCCUGCCCCCUGUGCAACUACACGUUUGCUUACCGCACGCAGCUCGAGCGGCACAUGGCCACACACAAGCCCGCGAGGGAUCAGCACCAAAUGCUCAACCAAGCCGCCAGCAACCGCAAGUUCAAAUGCACCGAGUGUGGCAAGGCCUUCAAAUACAAGCACCAUCUGAAGGAACACCUCCGGAUUCAUAGUGGUGAAAAACCGUAUGAGUGUCCCAACUGCAAGAAGCGUUUCUCCCACUCGGGCUCAUACAGUUCCCACAUCAGCAGUAAAAAGUGCAUUGGCCUGAUUGCCGUCAAUGGCAGGAUGCGCAGCAACAUGAAGACCGGCUCCUCCCCGACCUCGGCCUCCUCCUCGCCCACCAACUCCGCCAUCACCCAGCUGAGGCAGAAGCUGGAGAACGGCAAGCCGCUGGGCCAUCACGAACAAAACAACCACAUGAACAUCAAGACCGAGCCCCUUGACUUCAACGACUACAAGCUGAUGAUGGCGUCUCAUGGAUUUGGAGCUCCGUUCAUGAACGGAGGCAUGGGAGGAAACAGCCCACUGGGGAUCCACCACAACUCGACCGGCCAGAGCCCUUUGCAUCACCUCGGGAUCGCCGGACUCGAUGCUCAGCUCCUGGGCUUCCCGGGGCCGCUGGCGAACAACCUGAGUGAGGUGCAGAAGGUGCUUCAGAUCGUGGACAACACCGUGUCCAGGCAGAAAAUGGACUGCAAGCCGGAGGAGCUCUCCAAGCUCAAGGCCUACAUGAAGGAGCUGGGGUCCCAGGUGGAAGAGCAGAAGCAGGCACUGGCACUGUCGGGGGCUCAGGUUGGUCUUCCACUCGUCAAUCACAACGGCGCCACCAAAAGCAUCAUCGACUACACGUUAGAAAAAGUGAACGAAGCCAAAGCCUGCCUCCAGAGCUUGACCACAGACUCAAAGAGACACAUUAGCAAUAUCAAACGAGAGAAAUCCAACCACAUGCUUGAAGGAAGUGUGGAGGAGAAGGUGCAGGAAAUGUUUACGCCUUACGCUUGCCAAUAUUGCAAAGAAUCCUUCACUGGGCCAAUACCUUUGCAUCAGCACGAACGCUACCUGUGUAAUAUGAACGAGGAGAUCAAAGCUGUGCUGCAGCCCAGUGAGAACCUGAUGCCCAACAAACCAGUCAUGUACAUGGAGAAGAACAGCCACUUAACCUCCCCCAUGUUGUCCGAGAAGGGAUUUACUGGGCCCAUUAACCCCUACAGGGACCACAUGUCCGUGCUGAAGGCGUAUUUCGCCAUGAACAUGGAACCCAACUCGGAGGAGCUGCACAAGAUUUCCAUAGCGGUCGGCCUCCCUCAGGAAUUUGUCAGGGAGUGGUUCGAUCAGCGGAAGAUGUAUCAUUACGCCACUACCAGAACCCCACCACUAGAGCACAGGAACCACACUGACAUGGUUGUCGGAACAAAUAACCACCACACUCCACCAAAAGACUCAAGGGCAGCUAGGUCACCUGUUUCACUCAUCAAACCUGCUGAUCACAUCACGUCCCCCUCCAUAGCAGAGCUCCACAACAACGUCAACAACUGUGACAACUCGCUGAGAUAUCUGAAAAACCACCAGUUCGGCGGCAGCACCAAACCUGCGGGCGAGAAGUUGGAGCACUCCCGCAGCAACACCCCGUCCCCACUCAACCUGUCCUCCACAUCUUCCAAAAACUCCCACAGCAGCUCCUACACUCCAAACAGCCUGACGUCAGAAGACCUGCAGGCCGAGCCACUGGACCUCUCCGUGCCCAGGCUCAUGAAGGAACCCAAGCACGCACUGACUGUCAAGAGCAGACCUAAAGCCAACAGUAUUACCAUCGACCACAACAGCGUUCCGUCUCCCCGCGAGCACUUCGAAGAGCCUCUGAACCUGGCCUAUCUCAAGAGGGACUUCUCAGGCUCGACCAACAACGGAAACCUAGAAAAAAGCACUAGCCCCAUCUUCGGCAUGAACCCGUUUGCUGGCAAACCCCUGUACACGUCACUUCCGCCCCAGAGCGCUUUUCCACCAGCUACAUUCAUGCCCCCGAUGCAGGCCAGCAUCCCCGGUCUUAGGGGCUACCCGGGCAUGGAUCAAAUGGGCUUCUUGCCACACAUGGCCUACACUUACGCAGCAGGGGCGGCUACCUUUGCCGAGAUGCAGCAGAGGAGAAAGUACCAGCGGAAACCAGGUUUCCAGGGGGACCUGCUCGACGGUACACAAGAUUACAUGUCAGGGCUGGACGACAUGACAGACCCCGACUCCUGUCUGUCGCGGAAGAAGAUUAAGAAGACCGAAAGUGGUAUGUACGCGUGUGACUUGUGCGACAAAACAUUCCAGAAGAGCAGUUCCCUUCUAAGACACAAAUAUGAACACACAGGCAAGAGGCCGCACCAGUGCCAGAUCUGCAAGAAAGCGUUCAAACACAAACACCAUCUCAUCGAGCACUCCAGGCUGCACUCGGGGGAGAAGCCCUACCAGUGCGACAAGUGCGGGAAGAGGUUCUCUCACUCGGGCUCCUACUCGCAGCACAUGAACCACCGCUACUCCUACUGCAAGCGGGAGGCCGAGGAGCGGGAGGCUGCCGAGCGGGAGGCCCGUGAGAAGGGCCACCUGGAGCCCACAGAGCUGCUGAUGAGCCGGGCCUACUUGCAGGGCAUGACACCUCAGGGUUACCCGGAGCUGGCCGAGCGCGAGGCCAUACUGAGGCACGACGCGGUGAACGGAGGGAUCAGAGAGGGACGGAAGGAAGUGGAUGGAACGUACGCCAAGAUGGGACGGAGGGAGGACGAGUUUGAGGAAGAGGAGGAGGAAAUCAAGAGCAUGGACACGGACCCGGACACGUUGAGGGACGAGGAGGAGAACGGAGAGCACUCGAUGGACGAUAGCUCGCUGGACGGCAAAACGGAAACCAAAUCGGAUCACGAGGACACGAUGGAAGACGGCAUGUAAUCUGCGACGGCGGCGGCGGCGGCGGCAGCGUUUUCAAAAGCUUCCCAAUCUUAAAAGUUUUAAGUUUCACACUUUCGGUUCAGUAUUCUUACCUGCUCGGUUUAAAACACCGUUUUUAAGCUGUACGUGCACGUGCCUGAAGCUUCCGGGAAGCUUUCUUUGACAGACUCCUCGGGGGAAGGGGGGGGAGAGAUGUCUGCCAAACAAGACAUGGACUCAAAAAUCAAUCCGGAGGAGGCGUUGAGGGAAGGGAGGCAUGGGUUUGUGAAAUAAGCUGCAUUAUGCAAACCGAACAAUGAAUAAAUGAAUACAUUUCAAAAAAUGUACAGUACUAAGGCCUAAAAAUAUGUGUGGUGCUAACUUCCUCAAAUAAACCCCUGUGUUCCAUAGUAUUUAUAGCACAACUAGUGACUUGUACAAAUUGCACUCCGCUUCUAUAAUCAUGAACAAAAAUAAUAAAAAGUAUUGCCUAUGUAUAUAUUUAUACAGUGUUGGAAAAAGAGCAGUAGUGUCUGCGCUACAGUCCUUCGAUAUUACCUUUUGUUGUCACCUCCCUUCCUGCGGUGUCGUCUUUAGUUCUGCCCUGUCGCCCGGUCACCAACAUCUCCAGCCACACUGUUCCGGCCUCUGGAAUCAGCUUCACACGAAGGAAUUUGAAAAACAAAAAAAAAAAAAGACUGUACGAAGGAGCUCGGAGGGGAUUUCUUUUUUUUUGUGGAGAGGAUGACGUUUCAAAGAGACCUUCGUUUUAAGGGAAAAAUACAGUUUAUGGACAGAUGGUAUUUGGGUGGGGGGGGGGAGUGGCGGUGGGGGAGGAGAGAAAAAAUGAAGGACGAAGCCUUUGUAAGGUGUUUUUGAUAAGAAAAAAGAAGCCUUAUAUGCAAACCUUUUAACCUGUGUGUUUUCUGCAAGUGCCACCCUCGUAUUGUGUAAAAGGAAGGUUACUUUUUUUCACCAGCUUCAGUAUUAUGAAAUGGUUCAUCGUUGUUCUUUGAAGCACCCGUGUCAGUAUUAAGACUUAUAGGCAUCAGUUCCUUAGUUUACAUUAUGUUGUGCAAUGUUUUCUCAGUUUCUUUUUCUUUUUAACUUUGUCAGUAUUACACCAAACCAUUUUUUUUUUAUCUUAUUUUGAAAACAGCAAAUUGCAUUCAUUUUAUUUGUAGGUUGGAUAAAAAAAAAAAAAACAUUAUUUAUGUGGCCCAUUUUAUAUUUCCUAAUUUUAUUUAUUUCAUACUGUUGUGUACAGUACUAUAGUUCUUCAAUAUAUAGAUAUAUUUUAGUAAAAAGGAACAUGGUGUCGAUCAUAGGGGCAAAUUUUACGUAAAGAGAGCAUUUAUUGUGUUUUGAAACAUUGUGAAAUGCGAAGUUUAAUCUUAUUUUAUUUUAUUUCAUUUAUUUUCCAGUUACUGGAAAAUUCCAAAUUUGGGAACUUUUAUACAAUUGUGAAAACACUGUAUUUUCGACUGAAAAAAUUCCACUUUCUUCAUCUUUGUUUCUUUUUUUAAGCUAAAAAAUGAAGAGGGACUGUUAAAUACUAUGUAUGAUAUCAUGACUGAAGAAGAAUCUUUCCUGAAAUGUCUUUGUAAAAGUAUUAUUGAAUUCUUAAUUUGUAAUUUCUCUUGAAAAUGACCCUGCUCGAAUAAAAGUAGCCAAAUUACAGAGUACCAAACCCC